CUUGUAUCGUACAAAGCUUGUUGCAUUCACCUGCUUGGAAAUGUACUAGCUUUAUAUAUGAUAUCUUACCGGAACAUCUAAAAGUGCAACAGUGAACAACUACCAUUGCGUCCGCCAUGAACAUAUCACAUUCCAUUCCGUCUACCGUCUCAAGCAUCUCUUUCUCAUUCCUGUCAGCAGAGGACAUUCGGAGGAUAUCAGUCAAGCAGAUUUUGAAUCCAGUAUUGUUGGAUGACUUGAACAGGCCGAACAUCGGUGGCCUGUAUGACCCUGCGCUUGGUCCCAGCGAUCGUCAGGAUAUCUGUGCAACAUGUCACUUAACUUAUUUCACGUGUCCAGGUCACUUUGGUCACAUUGAGCUGCCUGCCCCUGUGUACCACCCUUUGUUCAUGGCGAACAUGUACAACAUUCUUCGCGCAACAUGUUUGUUUUGUCAUAGAUUCAAACUGAGUCGAUCAGUGAUAUGCAAAUAUGUCGCCAAACUCCGUCUGUUGGAACAUGGUCUCCUGGAGGCUGCUCUCGAUGUAGACAAUAUCACCUUACACACAGCCAGUGACGACGACGAAGACAGUCACGACGAAACUAUUUCUGAAUUUGAUUCCCGUGUCAACUUAUUCGUUAUGGUGCAUCUCAGCAAGGCCUCCGGGAGCAAGCGAGAUCACUACAAGGACAGUCUUGUCUAUCAGGCCCGGAAAGAUCUCAUUCAAGAAUUUUUGAGAACAACCAUCACCAAAAAAUGUAGCAAUGAAGGUUGUGGCGCCUUCGCCUAUACGUUCCGCAAGGAGGGAUUCACUAAAAUAAUCGAAUAUGAUCUCUCCGUCAAGCAAAAAAACCAGCAUCGAGCCAUCAGCCUUAAAAGGCCAGAUGUCCUCUUGUUCCAGCAGCAAGCUGCAGAUGCUUCAAAAUCUCGCUCCGAACCUUCGAAUGCUAUGGACGUAGACUCGGAAUCGGAAUCGGAACCCGAGGGGGAGCCGACAUACUCAGACGAGGAAGAGGAACUCCAAGCUACCCGUCUCUCGAAAGAGAACGGUCUUCCUCGUGCUGCAAAUGGUAAAGUCAAGACCACGCGCGGCCGCAAUGAGCGUGUCAUGGCACCAGAAGAAUGCCGUGCCCAUUUGCGUCUUCUUUUCCGUAACUGCCCUGAGAUUUGUUCCCUGAUCUUUGGCCGACAUGGCCCCUUCUCCCCCCUAAAUGCUGCAGGUCUGUCACUGGCAUCAGCCGACAUAUUCUUCAUGGAAGUGAUCCCUGUUCCGCCAACGCGUUUUCGUCCGCCUGCUACCAUGGGUGAGACGUUGUUUGAGCACCCCCAGAAUGAGCUUUUGGCCAAGGUUUUGAAUACGUCGUAUAGGUUGCGUGAUUUAAACGCAGACCUGCAUGCCGCUUCUGUGAAGCAAUCAGGCGUUGACGAUACAACGCGGCGUCGUUUAUUUAGUGCUUUACUCGAGGGACUCGUUCAGUUGCAAGCCGACGUUAAUAGCUUCAUGGAUAGUAACAAAAAUCCUACGCCUAUCCGCAACGGUAAACUCCCCCCAGCUGGUGUCAAGCAAGGGCUCGAAAAGAAGGACGGUCUCUUUCGUAAACAUAUGAUGGGUAAACGUGUCAACUAUGCAGCGCGGUCCGUCAUCUCACCAGAUGUGAAUAUCGAGCCAAAUGAAAUUGGCAUCCCACCUGUCUUUGCGAGGAAACUUACCUUUCCUGAGCCUGUGACUCCUGCAAAUUUCCACGAACUGCGGCAAUGGGUAAUUACUGGUCCGAAGGGUUACCCAGGAGCGACGAUGGUUGAGUAUGAAGAUGGGCAUAAACAAUCCUUGGAAAAACUCACGCCUGAGCAGAGAACAGCCAUCGCCAACCAGCUGCUGACACCUCAAGAUGGCAGCGACAGCUCGUCAGGUCGCCUCGGACUCUCAACGCGCACGGCUUCGAUCAAUAAGAAGGUGUAUCGGCAUCUUCGGGAUGGCGAUAUCCUGAUCCUCAAUCGUCAACCAACCCUUCACAAACCAAGCAUGAUGUGCCACAAGGCCCGGAUUUUACGAGGCGAAAAGACAAUAAGGAUGCAUUAUGCGAACUGCAACUCUUAUAAUGCUGAUUUUGAUGGUGACGAAAUGAAUAUCCAUUUUCCCCAAAACCAGGUUGCUCGUGCGGAAGCGAUGCUAAUUGCCAAUACUGAGAAUCAGUAUUUGGUCCCGACAUCUGGUAAACCCUUACGCGGCCUCAUCCAGGAUCACGUUGUUGCUGGGGUCUGGAUGACCUGUCAAGACGCCUUUUUUUCCCGCGAGGAGUACUUCCAGUUACUAUACGGAGCACUCCGUCCUGAGGACGAGAGUUAUCAUCUAUCACGGCUGGUCACUCUGCCUCCAACCAUAUGGAAGCCACGUCCGCUAUGGACAGGCAAACAGGUCGUCUCGACGGUCCUGAAAAACAUCACGCCGAGCAACGCGGAGGGGCUGAACCUCGAUUCCAAAGCUAAAGUUCCCGGCCAUCUAUGGGGUAAACAUUCCUCGGAAGACAAGGUUAUUUUUGUUGACGGCGAACUUCUCUGUGGUGUCCUUGACAAAUCCGCGUUCGGAGCCACCGAUUAUGGCCUUGUGCACUCGGUAUACGAGCUGUAUGGAGCUGAUGUUGCUGGGAAGCUUCUCGGCGUUCUGAGCCGGCUAUUUACAAAGUUUCUACAACAUCGGGCCUUCACGUGUCGCAUGGACGAUCUGGCAUUAACGCCUGACGGUGAUCGGAGAAGAACUGAACUCCUCCAACAUGGCCGUGAUCUUGGGUUUGACGGUGCCGUUGAGAAUUUCCCUUCAUUGAGCAAACUACCCAAGGAGGAAGUUCCAGCAGCAUUGACGGCAUUGCUUGAAGAUGUCUUGCGAGAUGACGGCAAAAUGGCUGGCCUCGAUGUUACCGUCAAGACUAAGCUUUCGGGCCUAACCAAAUCCAUCGCCGACGCUUGUAUGCCUCACGGUCUUCUACGCAAAUUCCCCGACAACCAUAUGCAAACUAUGACGCUGUCUGGUGCGAAGGGUAGUGCUGUCAAUGCCCAGCAGAUAUCAUGUGCACUUGGCCAGCAGGAACUCGAAGGUCGUCGCGUACCCGUAAUGGUCAGCGGAAAAACUCUUCCGUCGUUCAAGUCAUUCGAGCCGAAAGCCAUGGCAGGUGGGUAUGUUGCCAGUCGCUUCUUGACGGGCAUCAAGCCGCAGGAAUUUUACUUCCACUGCAUGGCUGGACGUGAAGGUCUCAUCGAUACUGCAGUCAAGACGUCUCGAUCCGGUUAUCUCCAGCGCUGUCUCAUCAAGCACCUUGAGGGCAUCCGUGUCCACUACGAUCACACUGUCCGUGGCAGCGACUCGUCCAUAUACCAGUUCCACUAUGGCGGCGAUGCCCUAGACGUUACAAAGCAGAAGCACCUCUACCAGUUCGAGUUCAUCGCCCGAAACCAAAUCACCCUUCUUAACCUGUACAAGCCUAAGAGCAUUGUUGGUCAGAUCAACGACAGUGACGCCGUGUCUUAUAUGAAGAAAACUCUGAAGAAGUCAGAAGUACGUCUAGACAAGUACACGCCCGCCGAGCGAGAGAAGCGCGCUCCUGCCUUGGAUGUGUAUAGCCCUAGUCGAUACCUCGGCAGCACAUCAGAGAAGUUUGCGGAGGCAUUGGCUCAGUACAUCAAGUCCAACCCUCAUGGGUUAUUGAUGAAUAAAGAUAAGAAGGCGACGGAUGGCCCCGUGAUCAAGCGUCGGCACGAACCCAUGAAAACCAGAUAUUUCAACUUGCUCAUGAAUAUCAAGUAUCUAAGAAGUCUGGUGGAACCUGGGGAAGCUGUUGGUUUGUUGGCGUCUCAGGGCGUCGGAGAACCGUCAACUCAGAUGACACUUAACACGUUCCACUUUGCAGGUCACGGAGCUGCUAACGUAACACUGGGUAUUCCUCGGUUGCGGGAGAUUGUAAUGACAGCUUCACAAAAGCCCAAGACACCUUCAAUGACUAUGGAAGUUGCGCCUGGCGUGUCCCAGUUGGACAUUGACAUUUUUUGCAAACGGGCUAGCAAAUUGACGUUGUCUCAGCUGGUUGACAAUUUGACGGUCAAAGAGCGUUUGACUGUGCAAAGCGAUGCACGUCGGACCGAAUUCAUUAUAGACAUCGUCUUCUUCCCCGCGGAAGAAUACACCGAGGAGUAUGACGUUCUGCCCGAGGAAGUUCUUGCUGUGUUUGCAGCGAAGUUUCCGUCAAUACUCAAGAAGGAGAUUCAGACGGAAAUGAAGAAGCUCGACACAGAUCUGAAGGGCCAGAUAGCGCAGCUUGGGAAAGGGAAGGCAUCAAAAGAAUCUGUCGCUGGCGAGGCGGAGGCUGAAGAUGGCGAGGGUGAGGGUGAGGGCCCAGGCCGUGGUAAGGAUGUUGAUGGCCAGAGUGAGCAAGGGGAUGGUGAUGCUGUUGACGCAAAGCGAGCUCGUCAACAGAAGGAACUGACAUCCUACGAGUCUGACAAUGACAGUGAAAAGGAUUACUUGGACGAUGCCGUUAUCGAAGCGGCUUAUGCCUCAGAGGCAGAGGGUGGCGAAGGCGAAGAAGACGACGACGAUAAAAUUGGUCAUCCGACGGCUAUUCACGCACAAGCUGAAGUCGUAGCGGACGCCUUCAUGGAUGUCUUUCAACAAGCAACUUCGUUCACAUUUACGAAGUCAAAAUGCUCUAUUCAGCUCGAGUUUCCUGCAGACUUCCCAAAAAUUUUGCUGGUGGGCAUAGUCGAGCGCACUUGCCUGAAGACUGUUAUCCGAGAGAUCCCUGGCAUCACAGAUUGCUUUAGUGCGGUUGUAAAGGAACGCGGAGUGGAGAAAAUACGACUGACUACCAAUGGAUCCAACUUGCGGGGUAUCUGGCAAUUUACAGGCGCGACAGAUGACAACAUCAUUGAUCUGGAUACUAUCUACUCCAAUGACAUCUACUCCAUCCUCAAAGCUUACGGCGUGGAGAUGGCGCGUGCUGCGAUAUUACGCGAGAUCGGUGGAGUAUUUGACGCCUACAAGAUUGAUGUUGAUGGGAGGCAUCUGGAACUCAUUGCAGAUUAUAUGACAUUCGAAGGCGCCUACAAGCCAUUCAACCGCAAGGGUCUCUCAAGUAACCCUUCGCCCCUUUUAAAGGCGUCGUACGAGACAACUGCCGCCUUCCUUUCAGACGCGACGUUGUAUGGUGACUUCGACGACUUGUCCACACCAUCAGGUAAUCUGGUCAUGGGACGCCCUAACCAAACGGGUACUGGUGUUUUCGAUGUGGUGAUGCUUGCGGAAGUUCCUGCUUAAUACGUAGAGUAAUCGAAUUGCGAGUAGUAUGACUAGGACACAUUAUGUCACGUGUCGUUAUGAAAUCCGGCUCUUCGCGAGGGCUAAGCGCUAAGCGCCUUUGA